UCAAGGGUUUGAGAGUGUAGCAGACGAUUCGUAUAAUGGUGAUAAUUGGUAAUUUGAUUGAAUCCCCUAAAUCGACCGAGAAAUGUCAAGCUCAAUGAAUAAAUAUAUCUUUAUUUUGGGAAUGGUAUUGCUUUUUCACGCUGCUUAUUCGGCAGCUCAACAUCGAUCAUACCUCCGGCUAACUGAGCAAGAGUUUACGUCGCUCCCCGCAGAUAUUGUUCUUCAAACAAUAUUUAGCUUAUUACUCACUGUUUUUGGAGUAACUACGAUAGCUGGUGAAUUUAAGGAGAUCCGAUCCAAUAUAGACCUACAGAAAAAGACUUGGAAAAAUCUGAAUAAUCGGCCAUCCUUCUACACUUUUAAUCACAGGGGACAUAUUUUCAAUCCUAUUGUGCUUUCACGUUCUAGCACUGGAAAAGGGGCAUUAGAAGCCAAUUAAACUAUUCAAUCAACUCAUUUAGUCUUGUGUGUGUGUGUGUGUGUGUUAAUAAAUUUUAACAUUCCUUCUGAAAUGUUUUGACAUCUAA